CACACUUGCACCGAGAGCAGCCAUAGUCAAGACACGGCAACAACAACAGCGGCGCCUCCUCCGCUCUGUGCCCAUUCCCCAACAAUACACUUUAAACCGAGCAAAGCCAGGUGCACGACCAAGUCCCUGCCAUCACGGGCGCCUCCAGUCUCAAUGGGAAAAACCUUUUUUCUUCUUAUCCCUAAACAAGGACGAGAAUGUGAUUAAAAACGGGGGAAAAUGCCAAGGAGGAAGCAGGAGCAACCCAAGCGCCUGCCUUCACAUUUGGACGGUCAUGAAGAGGGAGGGCCGGACAGUGGUCCCGUGGAGGAGGAGGGCUGGUUUGGGAAUGCCUCUGACACUCGCUCUGAGUCGUCGUAUGGAGACACUCAGGACGAGGUGCUGUGUGCCCGGGGCUCGUCUCCAGAGGAGGGGCCCGGAGCCAGCGCUGGCUCCACAGACCACGACACCUGUGGAGCAGACAGCUCUCUGGGCAGCUCCACGCCAGUGCACCGCGCCUCUCUGGAGCUGCUGGGGCUGGACGGAGGCGUGUUCUCUGCCCAGGACACUCUGUCGUCUGUGGUGUCGUCUCUGUACGGAGAGGCGGCAUCGCGAGCUCUGGGCAAACCUCUCAGCAGUAACCUGCGGCGCCUCCUAGAGGCCGGCUCGCUCAAACUGGACUCUUCUGAUUUACUGGGGCGCACCUCUCGAGGGGAGUCUCCUCCCAUCGGCCUGGCCCCACCCCUCACCCUGUCCCCCUCCUCACACCACGCCCAGCAGCUAAGUGCUCUUGCCCGAAAACUUGCAAAUAACAACAGUGGCUCAGCGUCGCCCGCCUCCUUGGCACCCUCAGUUACCAACAUCAAGCAGGAGCCCUUGGACCCUUUUAACUCCCCCAGCAAUGGCGGUGGCUUUGUUUGGGCAGGGGUCACCGAUAAGUGGCCCCCAGCCAGCUGCUCCACGCCCUGUGGCUCCAGCCUGUCUCCGGACUCCGCCAUACAGAAGCUCAAAGCGGCAGCCAACGCUGUUCUGCAGGACAAGAGCGCUGUGGCCUCCUCCACCUCCUCCUCCUCUUCAUCCACCUCCUCUGUGGUGCCCGCUCUGGGGAGCGCGGGGAGAACAGAUGACAUGGUACGCUUCGAUGCCUUCAACUCUCCCUUCAGCCCUCAGUCGGCCAGCUCCACUCUCGCCGCACUUUCCAAGAAAGUCAGCGAGCGAAACCAGGCCUCCACGACCAGUGCUGCCUCUGAGCACCAGUCCCCAGCCAGCUCCUUCCUCUCUCUGGUGUCCAUGACCUCCUCUGCUGCCCUGCUCAAAGAGGUGGCAGCCAGAGCAGCGGGAAACCUGCUCGUAGAGAAGAAGGACGGCUCCCCCUUAAGCACGUCCACAGUCCUCCAAGAGGACGUCAAGCCCCUGCUGGAGAAAAACCAGAAGGCACCUACGCCAACUACACCCACCGCAGGCCUCGAGCUGCUGCUGCCCUCCACCCCCAAGGGCAGGGCCAAGCCCAACAGCCAAGCAGGCUCUCCGGAGGAUGGUGGCAAACCGUUCCAGUGUCCGGUGUGUGGUCUGGUCAUCAAGCGCAAGAGCUACUGGAAGAGACACAUGGUUAUCCACACAGGCUUGAAAAGCCACCAGUGUCCCCUGUGCCCCUUCCGCUGCGCUCGCAAAGACAAUCUCAAGUCCCACAUGAAGGUCCAUCAGCACCAGGACCGAGGGGAGACGUUUCAGUGUGAACUUUGCCCCUUCACCUCGUCCAGACACUUCAGCCUGAAGCUCCACAUGCGCUGCCACCAGCACUUCCCCCGCACAGACGUGAAGGUGAAGGAGGAGCUGACCACGGACACGGAGGGGGAGGGCUCCCAGAUGGGUGACAGCACCCCGGGGGAGCUGAGGGGGAGCGAGGCCUCCCCACUGCGCGUCGACACCCACACUCACCCCUCCCCUCCUCUGGAGACCUCCUCCAAUCAUCUCCACAUCAAGGAGGAGCCCCAGGAGCGUGACCUGUCUGUGCUGUCUCCCUUCAGCCUGUGCCGAGAGCGUCCGGGCAGCAGCGCCAACUCCCUGGACCUGCCUGGAGUCACUGUGGGGGUCCGCUCCAGCCCCAACGCCCCGAACACCGCCUCCAUCUUCAGCCCAGACAUCAGCACCAAGACGGCCACCGACCUGCUUAUAAAGCUCUCAGCGGCCAAUCAGAGAGAGUCCAUGAAGUCUCCAUUCCACCUGAAGGAGGAGCCCAAAGUGGAGGAAGCCCUGAGCCCCAGACCUGCCUCCCAGUCCCAGGUCCAGACGGGGUUUCCCAGCCCCUUCUGCCAGGACGGGCCCCUGGGUGCCACCGCCACCCCGGAGCGCCAGGGCAGCCUCAAACCGCGAGAAGACAGCCCCAUGUCCAAGAACAACCUGCUCAGUCAUGACAUCAGCGUGAAGGUGGCGUCAGAACUCCUCAUCAAGCUCUCAGAAAACAACAAAGACUCCCAGUACCAGAAGGUGGCGGUGAAGGCGGAGCCCAUGGAGGUGGACCCGCCGCCCACAGAGCUGACCCCUCCCGCGCCCCACCUGCUGCCCUUCACCGCUUUGGGGGCGAGCGACAAGACCAACGAGCCAAUGAGCAACCUCCCCAAGACGCUGGCCCGCCCCCAAAAGGACCUCUUCUCCCAGGACAUAUCGGUCAAAAUGGCGUCCGAGCUCCUGUUCAAACUGUCAGAAAAAGUCAGCAAGGCCAACAACCAUAAAGACGGAAACAUGGUGGGGAAAAACAGUCCUUUUCUGGACGAGUGCUUCAGACAAUCACCCUUUAACUCGCGCUCCAAGAGCUCGUCCCCCGCAGAGGCCAGCUCCUCCAACCGGCCCGACCUGCACGACUCUGAAAAGGACAACGGGGAGCCUGGCAACGGGAUCGCCCAGUGGAGACUGAAUGAGCAGCUCUUCCCAUGUCCAGUCUGUGGGAAAGUGUUUGGACGACAGCAGACCCUCUCCAGACACCUCUCCUUACACACAGAGGAGAGGAAGUACAAGUGUCACCUCUGUCCUUACGCCGCCAAGUGCAGGGCUAACCUCAAUCAGCACCUGACCAUCCACUCUGUCAAACUGGUCAGCACGGACGCCGAGCAGAUCGUCACCGCAGUAACGGCCGACUCCACCGAGCGCAAGAACUGCCCCUACUACUACAGCUGCCAUGUGUGCGGUUUCCAGACGGAGCUGAACGCCCAGUUUGUGAGCCACAUGUCUCUCCAUGUGGACCGCGAGCAGUGGAUGUUCUCCCUUUGCUGCAGCUCCUGUGACUUCGUGUGCAUGGACGAGGGAGACAUGAAGGGACACAUCAGCACCGGGCACGCAGUCCUAAACUCCAGAAGUCCCCUCAGUGAGACCAAGAGCACCUCCUCGUCCCUGUCAGCCCUCAGCGACUCCCUGAACAGCUCAGAGGGCGGAGACCACAGCAGCGAAGAGCUCAAGAGCCUGCUGGCCCCGCCCACCCCCGCCGGCAGCCAAUCGAGCUCCGGCAGCCACUCGGGAUCAGGAGCAGAGGAUAAAAAUGAAAAAGGCCUGGAGUGUGUCUUCUGUAACUUUGUGUGUAAGACGCGCAGCAUGUACGAGAGGCACCUCCAGAUCCACCUCAUCACCCGAAUGUUCGAAUGCGACGUCUGCCACAAGUUUCUCAAGACGCCAGAGCAGCUGCUGGAGCAUAAGAAGUGCCACACCGUCCCCUCCGGAGGGCUCAAGUGCCCUUUCUGCAUCUACUCCACCAACCGUCCGGCGGCCAUGGAGUGCCACCUCAAGACGCACUGUAAGAUGGAGUAUCGCUGCCGCAUCUGCCAAGGACUGUGGCCAGACCAGGCCGCGCUGGAGGGCCACAUGCGCGCCCAUCGCCUGGGCAACCACUACAAGUGUGAGCAGUGCGGAUACCUGUCCAAGACGGCCAACAAGCUGAUCGAGCACGUGCGCGUGCACACGGGGGAGCGGCCCUACCACUGUGACCGCUGCUCCUACAGCUGCAAGCGCAAAGACAACCUGAACCUGCACAAGAAGCUCAAACACGCGCCGCGCCACCCGCUGGCACGCUGCCACGACUGCCCCCUCACCACCCCGCACCCCUUCGUCUACAGCCGCCACGUCAAGAAACGCCAGCGCGCGGCGGAGGAGGACGAGGAGGAGGAGAGGGAGGAGAGGGCGUCUCCGGCCACAUCGCACUUCCUGUUGGGAGCAGGAAGCAGCGGGGGCAGCAGCAGCAGCAGCCCGCUCAUGAACCUGAGUGCCUCCCAGGCUCUGCAGUCUGUGGCCCUGUCCCUCACUUUAGGCAAGUCCCUCAGACCCAUGGACCCCCCCAUGGACCCCCCCAGUGCUAACGGCCCCCCCUUCUGCUCCCCCCUAGAGCACUACACAAACUGUGAGCGCCCCCUCAUCCCCCUCACCACCCUCUACACAUUCCAGCGGCCCGGCCCCUCCCCCCGGCCCGGCCCCUCCCCCCGCUCGCCUCCUCCUCCUCCCACAAACACUCCUUCCUGGCUUACCUGGGACUCACCGAGAGGGCCAAGACUGUGUGACUCGAGAGCGCCCCCUCACUCCGACUGUGGGCGCUCGCUCUUUUCCAAUCAGACCAGCAGAAUAAGCUGGAGCAGACUCACAUAUUGA